AUGGCUCGCGCCCUCUCUCGCCUCCUCCCCGCCCUCCUGCUCCGCCGCCCUCUCCCUCCCCUCCUCCUCCUCCUCCGCCGCCGCCGCCGCCGCGUCGUCCUAACCCCUAGCCCCAGAGCCCUCGCCACGCGCGCCGAUGCCGAGGCCCUCGCCUCCCGCCACUCCCUCGUCCUCCCCGGCGACGAGCGCUCCCCCUCCCACGGCUCGGUCCAGCCGCCGCCGGACUACGGCGGGGGCGGGGGCGGGGGCGGGGGCGGCCUGGGGACCAUCGCCGCCAUCGUCACCUCCCUCGGCGGCGGCCCCGCGGCCGUGGGGAUCGUGCGGCUCUCCGGCCCCGACGCGGUCGCCAUCGCCGGGCGCGUGUUCCGGCCGGCCAGGGGGGCGGCGCCGUCGCCGUCGCCGUGGCGGCCGCGCAGCCACUUCGUGGAGUACGGGGUCGCGUUGGACGGGGACGGCAACGUCAUCGACGAGGUCCUGCUGGUGCCUAUGCUGGCUCCGAGAUCGUACACGCGGGAGGAUGUGGUGGAGCUCCAGUGCCAUGGGAAUGACCUUUGCUUGCGGCGUGUGCUCAGGGCCUGCUUGGAAGCCGGUGCUAGGCUCGCUGACCCGGGUGAGUUUACUCUUCGUGCAUUCCUUAAUGGGAGAUUGGACUUGGCACAAGCGGAAAAUGUGUCAAGGCUCAUUUCAGCCAAGUCUGCUGCUGCAGCAGACUCAGCAUUGGCUGGCAUACAGGGAGGCUUUUCUAAGCUAGUAAAGUCAAUGAGAUUAAGGUGCAUAGAAUUGCUCACUGAAAUUGAAGCCCAUCUAGACUUUGAAGAUGAAUUGCCUCCCUUGGAUCCAACAAUGCUGGUCAGCAAAAUUAAUGGUAUGACACAAGAGGUUCAGGAUGCUUUGGAUACUGCUAAUUAUGAUAAGCUAUUACAAUCUGGUCUACAGGUAGCAAUAAUUGGACGCCCAAAUGUUGGGAAGUCAAGCCUCCUGAAUGCUUGGAGCAAGAGUGAAAGAGCUAUUGUUACUGAAAUAGCUGGAACCACAAGGGAUGUAGUAGAAGCAAAUGUCUCAAUUCAUGGCAUUCCCAUCACACUUCUAGAUACUGCUGGUAUAAGAGAAACUGAUGACAUUGUGGAAAAAAUUGGCGUCCAACGAUCAGAAGCUGCUGCACUGGGAGCAGAUCUGAUUAUUAUGACAAUAAGUGCAGUUGAUGGGUGGACUGAUGAUGACACCAAACUUAUUGAGCAUGUAUUGAUCAGUAAGAAAUCCUCAGGUUCCGCAGUGCCAAUGGUCCUUGUAAUCAACAAGGUAGACUGUGCACCAUUUAUUUCAGGAGAACAGUUUGAACAAUUCAGUGGAGUUUUCAGAAAACAUGUGCAAACAUGUGCAGUCACUGGUAAAGGCAUUUCUGAGUUGGAGAAGGCUAUAAUAGAGGUUAGAGGUCUUGAUCCUCUACCUUCAGAGGGACGACGAUGGACUGUAAAUCAGAGGCAAUUUGAACAGUUAUUGAGGACCCAACAAGCUUUUACUAGGUUAGAGUCAUCAAUCAAUGAGCAGUUGCCGAUGGACUUCUGGACAAUAGACUUGAGGGAAGCAGCAUUGGCCCUUGCAACAAUUAGCGGGGAGGACAUCUCUGAAGAAGUUUUGAGCAGCAUAUUCAGCAAAUUUUGCAUUGGAAAAUGACUGGCAAGCAUUGCAAACUGCGUAUUCUUGUUGAUGCACUGAAGAUAGUUACAUUCAGGUGUUUUGAGCCGAAGCAGUAACUGCUCGCCGACACAUAGAAUGGUGUGUACAACUUUGUCAGUCUGCCACCAUCUCACUGAAGUUUGAGACAGAGCAGGAGUAAAGGACACUGAAACCUAUCAACGGUCUUAGGUUACUCGAACAUAUGGAUGAUUGAGCAAGCUCAAUGACUAGCUGCGAGGUUACUUGAUUUUUCACCGUUCACCUGAGUAGCUGUGCAAUACCUGCAAAACUUUCCUUAUCUGCGCAAGAUGUCUUUAAAUGCAGUUUGGGUCUAGAAUGAAAAACUCGUUUGUGCUGUUUCGAUCAUCCUCAGCUGUUUUGAAAUUUGAAUGAAUGGCUCAAGUGUAUCUGUA